AUGUCUGGUGACAUUAUCGCUCCCGAAGGCGAGGCUAACGUUUCGCCCAAUCCUCUUUUGUUUUGUAGAUACUUAUGUUGCUUAUUCUGUUGCCCACCGUUCCCUUCCUCCAUAGUAUCAAAACUUGCUUUCAUGCCACCAGAGUCAAGUUACACAAUCUCGGAAAAUAAUAGGUUACAUUUGCUGGAAGGUCGUGCAGAGUGGCCUCACGACCCAGAAUAUCUCGCAUCCAACGUCGAAAUAACAAGAAGACGGAACAAAAUUUCAUGCGUCUAUCUUUGUCCCGUUCCAAAUGCGUACUUCACAUUGUUGUUUUCUCACGGGAACGCUGUCGAUAUUGGUCAAAUGACAUCUUUCUACUGGGGACUUGGUCAGCGACUAGGGUGCAAUGUGUUUGGCUACGACUACUCGGGAUAUGGAUGCUCAUCAGGAAGACCAUCUGAGAAAAAUCUUUAUGCCGACAUAACUGCCGCUUUCGAAACUCUGAAGACGAAAUUUGGGGUACCAGCGGAUCGUGUAAUUCUCUAUGGACAGUCGAUCGGAACUGUACCCAGUGUAGAUUUGGCAAGUCGUGAAGAAGUAGCUGCACUUAUUCUGCAUUCACCUUUGAUGAGUGGAAUGCGUGUAGCUUUCCCUGGAACGCAGCGCACAUGGUGUUGCGACGCUUUUCCCUCGAUCGAGAAAGUACCUCGUGUGAAAUGUCCGACUCUUGUAAUCCAUGGAACUGAUGAUGAAGUGAUUGACUUUUCACAUGGAGUUUCCAUAUAUGAACGUUGUCCUGCGUCUGUAGAACCGUUGUGGGUGUCAGGAGCAGGUCAUAAUGACGUCGAGUUGCACGCUGCUUAUUUGGAGCGUCUUCGAAAUUUCAUCGACAGCGAAGCGAGACGUUCAAAGGACGAUGUUGGCGUACGCGUAUGA